CCAUUCAUCUUCAUCAAAUUAGAGGAUUCAAAUUCCACUGCCAAUCAUGGUAUACAGAGGAUUUGAUCCGCACCCGAUAUUCUAUGGAUGAAAGGAAGACGAAGAACCUUCCUCUUCGGGCAAAGAACACCACCAUCACUGGAAGUAAAUAGCGACCAUGAGUUCACUCGUAAUGGCGGCUUCCACCUUCAGCUGGUUCGCUUCGAGUUCAUCACCAAAAAUCUUCCCUAAAACCCCUUCUAAUGCCAACCCGUCAUACCCCAUUUCAUUCAAAUCCUCGAAUCAGCCUUCACUUUCAAGAUUGCUGAGAGUGAAAACAUUGGCAGCUUUGGAUGGAAAAGACCCAAAUGGAGCAGCCCCUCUUCUGGUAGAGGAAGAGAAUUCCAGCAGUCUUAUUAUGGAUGAGGAAGUGGAAAAGAGUGUCAAAUUGCUAAAAAGUGCGGCAAAGACAAGACGGGUAGCAGCAGAAGAAAUUCUGUCAGCCCUUUCCAUAAUUGAGAAGGCAAAACUUGAUCCUUCAAGGUUUUUUGACACACUUGGUGGAACAAGCUCUCCCGGGAGAACCUGGAUGCUUAUUUUCACAGCUGAGAAAAAAUUGGAAAAGGGGCGGUACUUUCCUCUCACAGCCAUCCAGAGGUUUGAUGCCGCUGGAAAAAGAAUAGAGAAUGGAGUGUAUCUGGGGCCUGUUGGAAGCUUAACAUUUGAAGGUAGACUUUCAUGGAAGAAUAGAAUACUGGCGUUCAUUUUCGAGCAAAUUCGGAUAAAAGUUGGACCUUUAAGCCCUUUAGAGAUAAAUCUUGGUAAAAAGGAAGAAAGGGAGCCAAGCAGCAAGGAUCCUUUCUUUAUCUGGUUUUAUGUUGAUGAGGAAAUAGCUGUUGCUCGUGGUAGAAGUGGGGGAACUGCAUUCUGGUGCCGGUGUCGCCGUGUCAAUAAUUAGUUUCCUUUCUUCAAACAUUUGACCUUUUUGAUUUGUACAUUUGGAUAUGUAUACUUGUGUGCUGUAACUCACUGCCAUAUUCAAAUGUUAAAUGUAUUAUAUUUGUUAAGAACAUUUA